CUCUUGAUGGAGACGGGUCGGCCUCCGCGCUGAGCAGACUGGACUCCAGCUCUGCAGGACCGGCGCGUCCAGAGGAAACGGCACCGAGGAAAAGAAGAGAUGCUGUCUCACCUGGUUUUAGGAUGGACUGCCUUGCUCAGUGGCCUCCAACCAGCAGCUUCCUCUGUGACCUCCAGAUCUCUGCUGAGAAGCGGCAGGUGGUCGUCGUGGACGUGCCAGGUCUUCAUCCCUCCUCCUCUUCCUCCUCCCAUGUUUCCAUCAAUCAAACGCAAAGCAGAGCUGAUGGUUGACAUUACUGAACACGUCACAGGAGCUAAAGGAGCAAAGGGCUCCCGAGGACCCAGAGGAGCAAAGGGUCAGCCCGGCAUCAUGGGUCCAGAAGGAGAACCAGGACUACAAGGUACCCUAGGACAAGCAGGGGAAAAGGGAGAGAAGGGUGACAGAGGCUGGAGGGGUCUGUACGGAGACGUGGGGACCCCGGGGAUGAUAAAGGGCAGAAAGGGCCACAAAGGCUUCGGGGGGGAUAAAGGUAUGAAAGGAAAGCGAGGCCUCCGUGGAGAUAAGGGUGAGCACGGCAUCCCUGGAAGGUCCGGACAGAAGGUAAAAGAUCUGCUGAUGCACCUUAAAAGGAGUUGA